UGGUCAGUCGUUGUAAAACCUCUGUAUGAUCGAAUGAAACAUGAAGAAAAACAGUUAAACGAACAUAUAGCUAAAAUUAAUAACCUUAGAUCUCCUCAAAUUAACUUAACACCAAUUAAGGAUCAUUUAUCUAGUUCGAACGCUAAACGUAGUAAUGUUAAUGAUGAUACGACUAUGAAAAACGAACCAUUUUAUUUUAAUCCAGAAGCAAACAUUUCUAUGGUUACAGAUCCCGCAGUUGAAAAUAUGUUUAAUUUUACUUUAACACCGCAGCCUAAGAAAGGUUCAGGUUUAUAUAAAGAUGUAAUACCGCAAACACAAUUAGUUUAUUAUGACGACCCGAAUGAACUAAAGAAUUACGCGAAAGAAAUAUUAUAGUUUAAUGACAACCUUAAAGAGUAUAGCUAAUGAGCUUCAUCGACCAGCGAG